ACGCGUGCGCCGAAACGCAGAAAUACUCUACGCAGAAAAGGGGGCAUUGGCCAAAAGCGAUUUAGAAUGAGCCGGAGCAAUCCAAGUCACAACCAGAGUUAAUAGCAGUUGACGCUCAUGAUUCUAAGGCCGCUGCUUUCGCUUCACUUGCGGGGUAUUAGAUCAAUCCUGUCCUGGGUAAGACCAGCUGCCACAAAGAUGGAGAAAGGAGAAGGCGGCAAAGUGCUUUGCAGUGACGGGCUUGUUUGGAUAGACAUGGAACUAACUGGCCUGAACCUGGAAACAGACCAUAUCAUGGAGGUGGCUUGUAUGGUGACUGACAAGGAUCUCAACCCAAUCUCAGGGGGGCUGAACCUGGUCUUGCACCAGCCAGACGACAUUCUUGAGAAGAUGGGGGACUGGUGCAAGGAGCAUCAUGGAAAGUCGGGCCUGACCCAGAAAUGCCGUGAGAGCCGCCUGACAAUCAAGGAGGCGGAAGACCAGCUAUGCGCGCAUGUUGGGGGUCUGGUGGCACCUGGCCAGUGUCCACUCGCUGGCAGCACCGUUUACAUGGACCGUCGCUUCUUGCAGCGAGACUUGCCUCGACUGGACGCCUUGCUCCACUAUCGCAUUGUGGAUGUCAGCACUGUCAAGGAGCUUGCAAGGCGGUGGUUCAGAGACGAGUAUUACCAAGCCCUGAGGCUGAAAACAGCAUCCCACAGGGCCAUGCCGGACAUCCUGGAGAGCAUAGAAGAGCUAAGGUUCUACCGGAAGAAGAUCUUCCUGGGAAAAGAGCCCAGUAGUGCCAGCAAAAUAGAAGCAAAUGUUUCUAGUUAACAAAUCAUAAUGCCGUUCAUUGUGUAGAAGGGCUGUAUGGAACAGCCUCUUCCAGCUGUGCAUUAGCUUUCAUGUGCCACAUCAUCAAGCAUUCUCCUUUCGUUGAACAUGCACUAAUGUCAAGUUCCCUCUGCCAGUUGGUUAGUGCACCCAAGAACUGUGCAGUGCGAAAAUACCCAACACUAAUUAGGUGUGUGCUUACCAACAGAUAGGACAUGUCUUGAAAUCGUGCAUUAGUUUAAAGCAUUUGGUGCUCGUUGGACGUUAUUCCCAGAAAUUAUAGUUGUUCAGUACAGCCUGUGUGACAGGUAUCCAAAAAUAUUUUUUUUAGCUGCAACUUUAGACAAAACCAACAGCUGCGACAACUGUGUGAAGUCGGUCUGUGCACGCUAGUGAACAGGCUGGACAUCAGUGCACACAUAAUUGACUGUGCACUACCCUUUAACUUCAGUGCAUUAAUUAACCCCUAACUACCAUCUUUAGAUGGAGUCUAUAUGACAGAUUUUUUAGUGAUACUAGACUAAUGUUAUUGCAAAUAACCUGCGGUGGUCUACAGGGCCUGUGAGGUAUUUGAGGACAUGCCUUCGAUUUGCCGCAUACAUUUACAUUCUCAUUCAGUCUAUCUAGGUGCUUCACUUCGUCUUCACAAUCUCCUCUGCCAUCUAUUUAGUAUAGUUAUUUCAGCUUAGCAGCCUGCAGUCUGCAUAGGAGUUCUAGUUGCAUUACGCACUGGUCACAGCAACUUGGAGAUUGCCACCUUCUUGAAUGUGGCAAAAUUCUUUGCUUUCAAGGUGAGACAUGAGCUCAUGGCCAAUUCUCACCUGUGGCAAAAAGACGUUAAGCAAUGCCAACGGUUGGAUGUAAUUCAGGCAGUUGAGUUUCUAGGUGGAGGCCAUCGUGAGUGAGAACCCUGAAAAGUCAAUGAUGGCUUUUGCUGAGCUACUUUAGCCAGCAGAGUUGACAGCCAGGCUUUCUAUGCAUGAGGACGUUAGGUGCUACUCGUAAGUAACAGAUUCCCGCAUGGCCUGCACAGCCCAAGAGUGGCUGGCUGUGAACUUCUGUUGGCACAUCACCUUCAGUGCAGUGUCCCAGUUCUCGAUAUUUAAGCAUGCUACAUUGCUAUGUAUGGAGCGUGUCACUGAGAUGGAGACUAACAGACAGCCACAUAGUUAAAAACUAACCAUUGGCGUCUCUUGUGCAAGCACUGGUCAACGUUGGCAAGCACCAUCCGAUCCUGUCACGUAGCUGUUAUCAAAGCUGAAUUGAGCCAGUUAUUGAAGCUAGAAGGUCGUUUUAUUUAACCAUCUCAGGAAACAGUAGUAAAAUAAACAAGGCAGAAAAUUUGGAACAAAUGUAUCUACAAUACCCGUAAGAUUGUUACUACAGACUGGAAUACAUAGUGCAAAAAAUGACACAGGGACAAGCAGAAACACAGGACGAGCGCCUGUGUCAGGACGAGUCCCUGUGUCAUUUUUUGCGCUAUGUAUCCCAGUCUGUAUGUAUCCCACCAACACGCCCAAACUUCUUCCCUGCUAAAGAUUGUUACUAUUCUGAAAAGUCAUCCUCAAGUACCUUGCAAAGUCUGAACAAUGUGCCCAUCCUACAGCCUCUUCAAUUCAUGAUGCAUGCACCAGUGAUUUUGUGAGGUAUAACAUUCGCACAUUAUCUGCUGCGGUGGCCGAAUGCCUGUGGUGCUCUACUGCUGGGCUCGAAGUCGUGGGUUUAUCUCGGCCGCCGUGGCCUCAUUUCGAUGCGAGUGAAAUGCAUAUAUGUACUAGAACAUUAGAAAAUUUCGAAUAUUAUGGAAUAUUAUAUUCUUAGUAAUCGUAAUCAAGCUAAAUCUAAAUGUACAAAUCAAAUCAAAUCUAAAUAUACAAUCAAUCAAAAUCUAAAUAUAUGGAAAAUUUCGAAUGUUUGGUGCAUACGAAUAUUUGAAACAAAUAGAACAUAUUGCUGGCUGUGUGGGUGCAAGCACAGUUUUUAGCAUUUGCUUAUAUCAAAGAGUAUGUGUCUGGUGUUGUGUUUAGUUUUGUAGUUUUGUGCUGCUGUCACAAUUAUGCCUGCAAAGCACACUGUAAGCUUGAGGGAAAGCUAGCCAGGGCAUGGGCUUGCAGACAGUGAAGGUGUACUCUUUUGCAGCGCCACUCCCAAUCUGAGCAUAUAGCUUGACAGAAAAUGCAAUGAGUGAAGGCUGGCACGGGUUAAACUGCCCCCGAGUUUACAGCCAUUUGACGUUGCAUAACAAGGUACAUGGUAACGAGACAGACAAUUAGUUAGAAUUACUCAAUUUGCUAAGUUAACAAGAGCCACAAUCUUUUAGAACGGCUUACUAGCCUAAUUUUUUUACCAUUGACAAUGUAAUUUCACUGUUCCAACAUGUUAAAAUAACCAAACUUUACAAUAAAUGCAUGUGCAUAUCAUUAUUCGACAUUCUAUUCAACAUUCAAAGCGAAGCAUUCGUAUUCGGAAAUUUUCAUAUUCGCACACCCCAAGCAAAAAUGCUUGUGUACCACUUUUUUCCAAUAUAAGGCGAGGUUUUUCCCCAGAAUCCAUAACCUCAAAUUAAGUUACGCCUGACCUUAUAAGCGAGGCUAAUAGAAUUAGUUAUUGUUUCAAUAUGGUAGCAGUAGUGCCAUAUUUCUGCAGAAGGAAAACUAGGAAUUUAAUUAAUGGUAGCACAGUGGCACCAUCUUGUGGUGGAGGACACCACAGUGCCGAUACUGUGACCUCUGAGAUGGCCGGCACAGAGGGAUAGUCCUGUUCCAUUUCAUACAUAGUAGGCAAUACUGGGAAAGCUGGGGAGUCUUAUCCCACUGCUUGCAUUCUGUGGGGGUUCUCACACCAUGCUCUUGGGACAAAGGAACGACAACACAGUAGUGCAAACAGUCACAAGGGCAUUUAUUGCACCUUUCAUAGAUCAAUGCCUGCUAGCCGUGUUGCCAUCCACAAAACAUGCCGAUGGGCGCGCGACAAAUCUAGAAGUCCGACUUACCGCGACCGCAUAGCGAGCGAAUAUGUUCGCCCCAUGCUGGAUUCCAACGCCUGGUCGUUCGCGUGUUCGGUCACGCCAACAGUGCGUUCGAAGCCGGCCACGCGAGGCGGUCUCGCAGACGCAUGGGUCGGCGCGCACGCGGGACGUCCACGCUGUCCCCCGACCCGCCGGGAAAGAGGAAGCGCCUAGUCUCCCGGCGCCCAAGUAAACUCGCCUGUCGGCGGCGUUAGCAGCGCGACACUCGCGCCAUCUCUCGCACUGCGCCCCAACCACAUCGACCGCCGCGGGCAUCACGCAGGCCACGCGGCGAAGCCGGAUUAUAGGAGACGUGCCAUGCGGGAAAAACAUCAGGGGACGCGCGAGAGUCGCGCAUCCCCCACAAUUCACAACCAAAAAAUAGUGUGUUUGAUAUGAAAGAAAUAUUAUAUAUAAAGAUGCGUUGUACUAUUCAUUGUAACAGUAGGUCUCACACAUUUAUGUCACAAAGUAUGAUGCAAUUACUGCGUGCAAGGUGUCGCAGGCCUGAACCUUUUUACCACUGAAUGAACAGAGUGACUUGUUUCUGCAAGUGGCGGCCACAGUCGACCGAGUGCGCUCGAAACAUUAUGCUGCAUUCUGUGAGCACAAAUGUGCCCAAAUAAAAGACAACUUGAUGUCUUCAAACUGUAAAAAAAAGAGAGAAAAAAUUAAUGAUAUCUGAAUAGGUUAGACUAGUGACAGGCCUGGCAUUCUACUCAAGGCGAGAUGGUGAAAAGUGAAAGAAAGACAAUGAGAUAAAAAAAAAGCACAUGCGCACUAAUACAUGCACUAACACAAAUGCACAAGUUAUUUUCAUAGUUUCAUUGAGGCCUGUAUCCCUCGGGAAUGCUAUAAGCACUUUAGUGGGGCGCAAUUCAGAUCCUCGGCACUGCCACGGUUUACUUAAACAACAUGAACAGUAAUAACUAAAUUAUGGGGUUUUACGUGCCAAAACCACUCUCCGAUUAUGAUGCACGCCAUAGUGGAGGGCUCCGGAAAUUUCAACCACCUGGUGUUCUUUAACAUGCACCUAAAUCUAAGUACACGGGUGUAUCCGCAUUUCGCCCCCAUUGAAAUGCGGCCGCCGUGGCUGGGAUUCGAUCCCACAACCUCGUGCUCAGCAGCUCAACACCAUAGCCACUGAGCAACGAACAGUAACAAUGAAGUUAAUGAUUAAAGUUAUCAAAACUUAUUGUUGACGUUCAACAAUCUGGCACAAUAUUUUUGGCUAUCACUAUCUGUUAAGAAAUCCUUGUGCACAGUUUGACUAUGAAGUGCUGCUAAAUGGCAGGGGUAUGCUUUUUUAUUUUUCCAGCUAUGUAACAUGCAGAGUUUGUUUAUAUUUUUUACGCAGAGUAAAUGAGUACUUCUGUGAACUUGACUAAAUUUAUACUCAAGAAAGAAAAUAUUUUAAUUAACUUGGCAGUGUCCCUUCACUAACUGAAGCAAAGCAGAUGAAAGACAGACAUGUGGAUGUUCUCAUUGCUUGGAAGGGCAUGUGUACAUUGAAACUGCAAAAGGGGUGAUCUGUUCAAUUUCAAUAAACUUUUAUGCGAGUGUUGAAUGGAGAACUACA